AUGGUUGGCAGUGAAACUUCAAGUAUAUCUGGUGAAUUAUUAGAUUUAGAAGAUAUAGCAUGUCCAAUAUGUUUAAAGAAUUUCACCAAUUUGCAAAGUUUGAAUACACAUCUAGAUAACGACCAUGGGUUUUCUAAUGAUUCACUGAAAGAGGAAAGUAUAUCAUUAGUCCCUCCAAAGUCUCAAAGAAUCUAUUUAUCGCCUGUGAAGGAUUUGCGAUCAACACACUCUAGAUCUAAUUCUUUCUUAUCUAGCAUUGAUAUUAAACAGAGUACUGAAACAAAGCAUGUGGAAGCGAAUUUAAAUAAAACAAGAGAUACACAAAAGGUAAAAAUUGAUAAAAGUCAUUGGUCUCCAUUCAUUAAGGGAGAAAGUCGUUGUAAUUAUUGUCACAAAAAAUUGAGCCCUUCUAGGGGAAUUAGUAAUUGUAAUAAAUGUGGGAGAUUGUACUGUAAACGACACUGUACAAAUAGGAUAAAAUUAAACCCAGAUGCAUGUUUUGAUCCUGUAAGUGUAAAUUCACGUUGGUAUAUUUGUUGUUAUGAUUGUUUUACUGCUCGUCCUGGUUAUAAUGAUUAUGGAAGUUAUAUAGAUUUAACUGAAAAAUUUGUUCAAAUACGAACUAAGAGAUCUGAAGACUUAAAAUUGAUAAAAUUACAGUUAGAAAAUAGGUUAGUUAGAUUAUUGGAUGGACUAUUUCUCUUAUUUAAGAAACAUAAGGUUAAUGGGAAUUUCAUGUCAUUAGUAAAAUUUAAUAUAGAAAAAAAUAAGUUGGAGCAAAGUAUAGUACCAUGGCAGACAGACCACUCAGUUCAAAGUUGCUAUAUUUGUAAAAGGAAAUUUAAUCUUAUAAUAAGAAAGCAUCACUGUCGUCUAUGUGGACACAUCGUAUGUGAUUCUGUAGAAACCAGUUGUUCAUACGAACUACCAAUUGUCAAACUAAGGAAAAAUGCAUCUGAUUUACCUCUCCAUGAAUCAAUUGAUCCAUUAUUAAACCAACUAGUUGAUAUUGCAAUCAGAUUAUGUUCUAAAUGUUUAAAAUUAGUCUAUGCUCCACGAAAAUUCAAAAGGGAUAUAUCAGAGACUUACAAUUCACCAAUAAUGUCCAAGUAUUGUAGUAUUGUCAAUGUAGCCAAUAUGAUUGAACGUUUACUGCCACAACUUCAAAACUAUAUUGAGAUAAAUACACUGAAGAGGACACCAACAGAGUCAAUCUCUCCUAAUGUGACUGAUUUACAAGAAAUCACUAAGUUAAGAGACAAAUUAUUAAAAUCAUUUAAUAUGUACAAUAUUUUGACUAGACAACUAAUUCUUUUGCAACCAAGAAAUGAAGCCGAGAAACAAAUACAAAAAUCUAUACAGAUUAGAUCCGCACAAUUUGUAAACGAAAAGAUGUUGCCACUAAAAAAUUUAGAGAAUCUAAUAAGUCCUAACAAUGCAUCUAUUGAUAGAAAUUCUAAAAAUGUUUCUACAUCGAAAUUGGAACAGCGUGAUAUUUUAUAUGAAAUGAAAAAACCAUCAAAUAUCCCAAUGAUAAAAUUGACUCAUAUGAUGAAUCAACUGACAGCACAGGAAAUAAAGCAGUACCGCGAAGAAUUAAUGGUUGUAAAAGAACAAAUUUUUUUGAUCAACUCAAUGAUUGAGAAUAAUAAAAAACAGAGAAAGUUUGAUGAAAUUAAGACGUUAACAUAUAAUUUGAAAGAGUUAGAAGGACGUGUGAUUGAAUUGGAACAGUUUUUAGGGGACCAAGGAUUCAAAUGA